AUGGUUUCCAGGAAGAAGGAUUCUUUAAAUGAUAAUGUGGACAAAGUUGAUUUCAUGGUUAAUUCUCGUGAUCAUCCUAUCGAAAUAGAUGAUGAUGAAGUAUCAGAAGAAGAAAAAUUUCAAUCUGGUGAAGUUAAAAAGGAGAAUUAUUUAAGUGAUUCUGAUUUUGAAGUUCGGAGCAUUACAAGGAGCAGGAAGUUGGUUAACAGAAGUGAUAAAAAAUUUAGUAAAAGAAUUGUCUACGAACAUGACUUUUCUAGUGAUUCUGAUUUUGAGGAUGGUAUCAGUAGUAGCGUGAAGAGGAUGGAUAAGAUAGCUGAUAAGAAAGUUAAAAAAAAAUGGAGGGAAGAUGUUAAUAGGGUGUUAGGUUUGCAUAUGGGGGUUGAUCAGUUAAAUGGUGUUGAUGUAAGAGGUAAUGAGGAAUGGUACGAGACAUGGAAAGAUCAAUUCAAGAAGCCGUUGUCUUUAAUUACUCCAACUGAUAUCGUGUACAAGAUAAUAGAACGUUGUGAAGCAGAUAUGGUGUUUGUUGCUAGUUUUAUUAUUCUUGUUUGUACCUGUUUUGGAUCAUGUAACAAACAAGAGGAAAAAUUGAUUUGGAGCAGAAGUGAUAUGAAGACUUUCUUCAAUGGUCCUAGUGUGUUUUUAACGUUGCUAUAUGUUGAUAGGAUUCAAUGUAAGCAAAUGUUAAUGGUUAGAAGAUAUCCAGUAAUUAAUCAUUGGACUUUAGAGCAGUUGAAAGUGAGAGAAAUAAAUGAAAUUGCGAAUGGAGGUUUUGGAACACCAUCUGCUACAGUGAAGAGUGUUGAUGAAGUUUCUAGAGGAUCAAUUUUAAAGUUUCAUGCAGAAAUGAAGUGGUGUUUAAUAGAUAUGUCUAAGAAACUGGAUAAAGCUUUUAAAAAGCAUGGAAAUCUGAAAAUAAUAGAGUUCUAUGGAUUGAAGGUGAAAGAGUUAUGUUCUGCAUAUAAAGCUUUUCGUCAUAGUAAUUCUAAAUGCGAAUCUACUUUUGAGUCAUAUGACAAAAGCAGUAGUUGUGAUGAUAAGUUUGCGGAAAUUCGAAAUUUUGGGCAGUCUAUUAAGAACAGCGUUGGAAGUAAUAAAUCUGGAGUAGCUAAUGAUUUUGGCAAAUCUGGUUGUAUUGAAACUAAGUUGCAUGUGGAUUGUGAGGGUGUUCAUAAGAAAAAGUGUGUAUUUGAGGAUAUUCCUUCUUUUAAUUUAGGAAUUGAGGAUGACAUCUAUACUCCACGAAAAGUUAAUACAGGUGUUGAUAGUUAUGUUAGUAAGAAUUCUGUUUCUGUUGGAAUAAGUUCUUCUUCAGUCAAAGGAAAUGUAAUUUAG